AUGGGAAGAUGCAACCUGUUUCCUUUGAGUUAUAUUUCAAGAAAAACAGAUAUCAACAACAUAGACUGGUGCAGCUAUGUUUUGGAUUGUCUUGUCAGAACAAAGAACUCAUACAUACCAUACUCAGAUAACAGCUUCUUUGUUGGACCUUCAGCUUUCUUGGUGUUGUUCUAUGCUGAUAACAUCUACUCAGAAACUUUAACGGUAACACGUAAACGUCCAACAAUUUGUUAUUGGAGUUCAGAGAAGAUUAGAUAUCGAGAGACAUUUGAACAAGAAAAAGGUAAAUUUGGACUUGGAGAAUUAAAUGAAGAAUUUGUUAAUGAACAAGAUGAAGGAGAUACAUAUCUCGAAGACAGUGAUUCUGAUAAAGAUGAAGAUCAUUAUGUUGAGGCAUAUGAAUCAAAAAUAUCUAAAAUGCUUAAUAGUUUCGAGAGGAUGAAGGAAAAACUGAAUUCAAAGCUCAAUGAUGCGAUAACAAAGUUCCCUGAAAAGGAAAAUUUUAGGAUUUUCAAAGAAAAGAUGAAAAAUAUAAUUGUUGAAGAAAAAACUGAAAGCACAACACUUUUUGAAUUUCCAAGUAAUCAAACUGGAUUUGAAGGAAUCAAUUUGACACCAAUAAUCGGUCAAAAAACAAAUGAUCAAAAAGAAAAUGAAGAUAAAGAGGGAAAUGGUGAAGAAGAGAAUGAUAAUGAUGGAAGUCAACCAGAAGAAGAUUAUUUGCUCGAUUCAAAUGAAGCAGAGAAUGAAGGAAUAAAGAAUGAUGGAAAUAAUAAUAAAAAAGAAGGUGAAACUGAAGUAAAAGGGAAAGAUGGAAAGAACAAUGUAAAUGACAAUGAUGAAGAGAAAAAAGGUGAUGAUAAUGAAGAAACAAAUAAUCAUGAAGAGACUAUUCAACAAACUGAAAAUAAAAAUUUGUUGGAUAAAGUUGUUGACAACAUUGUGGAUAAUGUCCUUGGAAUUGGAAUUUCAAGUUUAAAUAGUCAAGAAGAUGAAAUCUGGAAUGACCCUGAAAUGAAAACUAUUUUGGAUAAUAUUGAUAUAGACUGA